GACAACCACGACCACUACAACUACCACUCGUAUACUAAAACCACCAAAACCAUUAUAUCAAUAUCUCUCACACACUUUCACUACACAUGGAAACUCCUACUUGGCCUUCACUCACUUUGGCAUGGCUAGCAACCAUAGCCCUCCUCCUCCUCUCCUACUAUCUACGCCGCCGCAAAGUUAACUUGCCACCAGGCCCAAAACCUUGGCCCAUUAUCGGAAACCUCAACCUUAUAGGCUCACUUCCUCACCGAUCCAUCCAUGAACUCAGCCAAAAAUAUGGGCCCAUCAUGCACCUCCGUUUCGGGUCAUUCCCCGUGGUCGUGGGCUCCUCCGUUGAAAUGGCUAAGGCCUUUCUCAAAACCCACGAUGUCACCUUUGCCUCGAGGCCCAAAAUUGCUGCAGGUAAAUACACAACCUAUAACUAUUCCGAUAUCACUUGGUCCCCGUAUGGGCCAUAUUGGCGCCAGGCCCGUAGAAUGUGCCUAAUGGAACUUUUUAGUGCAAAACGCUUAGAGUCCUAUGAGUACAUACGUAGGGAGGAAAUGAAUGCUUGCCUUAGAGACUUGUAUGAGUCCUCAAAUGAGGCUAUUUUAUUGAAAGACAAUCUCACAACCGUGAGUCUCAAUGUAAUCAGCCGGAUGGUGCUCGGAAAGAAGUACACCGACGAGACAGUGGACUCGAUUGUGAGCCCCGACGAGUUCAAGAAGAUGUUGGAUGAGUUGUUCUUGCUUAGUGGGGUGUUGAACAUAGGGGACUCGAUCCCUUGGAUUGAUUUCUUGGACUUGCAAGGCUAUAUUAAGAGAAUGAAGGCUUUGAGCAAGAAGUUUGAUAGGUUCUUGGAGCAUGUGUUGGAUGAACAUAUUGAAAGGAUGAAAGGAGUGAAAGAUUAUGUUGCAAAGGACAUGGUGGAUGUGCUUUUGCAAUUUGCUGAGGACCCUGCUCUUGAUGUUAAGCUUGAGAGACAUGGGGUUAAGGCAUUUACUCAGGAUUUAAUAGCUGGUGGAACUGAGAGCUCAGCAGUGACUGUAGAAUGGGCAAUCUCUGAGAUACUAAAGAAGCCAGAGGUUUUCAAGAAGGCAACAGAAGAGCUAGAUAGGGUAAUUGGAAGAGAUAGAUGGGUUGAAGAGAAAGACAUUGUGAAGUUACCAUACAUUGAUGCAAUUAUUAAGGAAACAAUGAGGUUGCACCCUGUGGCACCAAUGUUAGUACCUCGUCUAGCUCGCGAAGAUUGCAACAUUGCUGGCUAUGACAUUCUCAAAGGUACCAGAGUGCUUGUAAAUGUAUGGACCAUUGGAAGAGAUCCAACAUUAUGGGACAAGCCAAAUGAAUUUUACCCAGAAAGGUUCAUUGGGAAAGAAAUAGAUGUCAAAGGCCAUGAUUUUGAGCUACUGCCUUUUGGGGCUGGUAGAAGGAUGUGCCCAGGUUAUAGUCUAGGCCUAAAGGUGAUUCAAUCAAGUUUGUCUAAUCUCUUGCAUGGAUUCACAUGGAGUUUGCCAGAGAACAUGAAGAUUGAAGAUCUUAACAUGGAGGAAAUAUUUGGGCUCUCGACACCUAAGAAAUUCCCACUUGAAGUUGUUGUGAAGCCAAGACUUCCAAAACAUGUUUACUCUCUGUGAUUAUGGGUUGCUUAUAGGUUCCCUCUAAUAAAUAGCACUGAGAUUCUCAGCUUGUACUAGUAUUACUAUGAUGGUGCUACUCUUAUGUGCUUCUUAAUGAGUCUAGUGAAACAAAAUCCGAAUAACUGGUGUUGGCAUUUAUCUUAACCUAGCAUGGAUUUGUUCACAUUUUAAGGUCAUGCUAUUAGUGUAAUCUAUAUCAGUAUGUCUUGGUUUUUGUAUCACAUCAAUGUAGUAUAUAAUUAUAUAUUUUUCUUCA